UUGGUGUCCACAGAUGAAGGUGCUGGCGCUGUGUGUGUUGGUGUUGACCCUGGCGGGGUGCGUGGCGGAGGCCCUGCCGCCACCUGAGAGAUCCUACAACAUCCUUAUGCUUCUUCCUCUCUCCACCAAGAGCCACAGAAAUGUCUUCCUGACACUCGCUGAGGCUCUGGCUGAGCGUGGACACCAGAUAGUGAUGCUUACCAACAACACAGAGUCUUGCAAACAUCCAAAUAUCCGAGAAUUUAACCACGGCAUUCCGGGACCCAGUUUUGAUAAGAGCGACCUUAUGAACAAAUUGAAAGGGUCGUCGAAAACAGCUGAAUUCCUAAAAGAGUACGAAAUAGUCAUGGCCAGGAAGCUGUACAAGGUGCCAUCGGUAAGAGAUAUUUACCGACGACGGAAAGAGUUUGAUCUCAUCGUUCUGCAUCAUAGAUACAAUCAGAUGAUUUAUCCCUUCGUGCAUGAGGUCCCCUUCAUCAUGGUGUCUACAAGAGAUAUUGACCCGCUAUUUAGUGCUGUUCUGGGCAACUUCCUCCACCCAAUCUAUCUCGCCAAUGCCAUGUUUGAACGACACUUUCUGAUACCUUCAUGGGGCCUCUUGAUGGACAUGAUUGCGCAAGUGGGAUAUUCCUAUAUGCACAGAAAUUGGGUUACCGUGCCUGCGAUACAGAAGGAGAUCUCAGCCCAGUUCUCGGACCUACCGCCGCUGCUAGACCUGGAGAAAAACACAAGUCUGGUGCUUCUCAACACUCAGUUCUCCAUGGACAAGGCGCUGCCCCUCCUGCCCUCACAGGUGGAGGUGGGCGCCAUGCACUGUCGUCCCGGUAAACCCCUUCCACAGGAUCUCGAAUCUUGGAUCAAUGGCGCUGGGUCUGCGGGCGUCAUCUACUUCAGUCUGGGUUCUGUGAUGGACAGUAAGUCGUUGCCACUUGAGUAUCAGCAGAUCUUCCUCCAGGUAUUCCGCAGGUUACCUCAGCGGGUCAUCUGGAAAUUUGAGGGAGAGCUGAAGGACGUCCCCGACAACGUGAUGAUCAGCAAGUGGCUCCCCCAGCAGGAUGUUCUCGCUCAUGACAACGUGAAGGUGUUCAUCACUCACUGUGGACUCUCAGCCUGCAGGAGACCAUCUACCACGCCAAACCUCCUCGCCCUCCCAUUAUUCAGUGACCAGCCCAAGAACGCUCUGAGGGAUCUCGGAUCUUGGAUCAGUGGCGCUGGGUCUGCGGGCGUCAUCUACGUCAGUCUGGGUUCUGUGAUGGACAGUAAGUCGUUGCCACUUGAGUAUCAGCAGAUCUUACUCCAGGUGUUCCGCAGGCUACCUCAGCGGGUCAUCUGGAAAUUUGAGGGAGAGCUGAAGGACGUCCCCGACAACGUGAUGAUCAGCAAGUGGCUCCCCCAGCAGGAUGUUCUCGAUAAUGUGUUAAGGAUGUCAAGACUCCUGCGGGAUCAGAUCAACACUGUCAGGGAGGUAGCAGUGUUUUGGACAGAGUACGUCAACAGUCACCGUGGGGCGCCCCAGUGGAGGUCCCCAGUCACACACCUGUCCUGGGUACAGCUUUACAUGCUCGACGUGUUGCUGCUCCUCUGUGUCGUUCUCUUCGUCCUUUGCAUUACCCUACCUCGCAUCAUCACCUUUAUCUUUGGUAAAAUCUUUCGUGGUAAAGAAGACAAGAGGAAGAAGGAGUAA